AUGCUUCGAAGCACAUUCGUAUCGUCUUUAGGGUGGGGAAUCCUUCGACGAGCCCUAAUUCCCUCUAGUUCGUUCACUGGUUCAGAUGAGCAAACUGAAAAAAGGUAUCAAGCGUUUUUUCAGAAAAGCGAAUCAAGGGGUCAGCUUGAUACCUUUCCAUUAAUCCUUUAUCAGAGAGUGGACAAUCGUGCAAACCUUGAUGAUUUUAAGAUAUGUAACACAUAUGGCAUUGACAACACAGGCCUUGUUUGUUAUUGGCCAUCAAAGGAAGUCCUUGCUUAUUAUUGUUUAUCACAACUCAACUUGUUCAGGUUUAUUUAUAAGUUUAGUCUAUGGUUUCUUCAGUUUCUUCUUACAAUUAUCAUUACCUUUUAGUUUAUACCUAGUAAUGUAUUUAAGAAGUAGUAGAUUCUUCUUACAAUUAUCAUUACCUUUUAGUUUAUAACUAGUAAUGUAUUUAAGAAGUAGUAGAAAGUAAAUUGUUACAUGUUGACCAGG